AAUAUACAGUUUCUGUGACGUGGUAGUAGUUCCUAUGAUGAAAUUGGUUGAUAUGUGUUUGGAAAUCUUUGGUUGAUGUUUUCUGUGGUAUUGGUAGUGUGACGGGUGGUAGUUCUUCAUUUCCUGUUGUGAAAGUUAUAGAAUAAAUUCUCUACAGUGCUGUUUUCAUUGUUUUGGUCUUCAAUUCCGAUGCUUAAUCAUCGUAUUUCAUAGUUACGUUUCCAUUGGUGUUGUUCUUUAUAUUGUUAUAACGUACUUUUUGUAUAAACGGUUGACCCAAACAUGACUUAGAAAGGAUCACCGUAGCGGUGUUAUGCGUCAGUAAACAUUCUACAUUAGGUUAUGUUGUCUUUGGUUAUGCUAGUAAAAUUUAUUGUGUCAGGGGCUAGGAAUCCCUAUCCCUUAAAAUAUAAUAUAAGUAAUGUGCUCGCCAAGAAACUUUGGAAGGCUGUGUCAGAACUUGAGGCAGAAGCAUCAAGUAUCUGCAGUUUGUGAGCUGUUGUUAUUUUUAUUUGAAGUGUAAAGCUGUUAUUAAGAAACGACAAAAUAGGCGCCUCAGUAUUCAUGAUCAUUUAUUUCUUUGUGAACUAUGUGCAAGACUAAUUUUGUGAAUACUCCCUUAUGUAUUAUGUUUACGUUAGUUAAGGAUUAACUUUACCAUAUUUUUACUGACACAAAGCAGCACUGAAAAUCCUUAAGCCGUCACGUUUCAGUCACCUGUUAAUAUCUGAGAAUCUUUCAGCUCACUGGAAAAUUUGAAUGCAGCUGUCACUUCCUGGCUCCUGGCAGGAACUGCAUGACUCACUGCCAAGUGCUAACAGCAGGUGCUGUUAAAUUAUUCAUAAAACAGUUUGACUGUGUCUAAUAUCUGUUCAUUACUGGUUAUUGUGUGUGUGGAUAUGGUUCGGUAUACUGUCGAACAACGUGUUUUUCUAUAUGACUCAUAUGUGAAAUGUGGUUCUGCUAGAAAGUGUCGGAGAAAAUUUUGUCGUAAAUUUCCUGGGGUCACAGUUCCAAGUACAACAGGCAUACAUAAACUUAUUUAUAAAGUGAGAUCUACUGGGUCAGUUCUGGACAGGAAACCUACUAAAAAGUGUCGUGUGCUCACCAAAGAAAAACUAAGUGAAAUAAAGGCUAGGCUAGAGCACACACCACAGAAAUCACUGAGACACCUUGCAGAAGAGACUGGCAUCUCGAAAUCAUCAGCAGCCAAAGCAACAAAGCUGCUUAAGCUUGAACCGUAUAAGGCGACUGUAGUUCAUGCUUUGGAACCGCAUGGCAGACAUAAACAUUCUGCAGAAUGAACCCCCAUGUGGAAGAAGAGUUAAAGGAAAAUAUACAAAGAGAAUUUUUUAAAGUUCUGUAAGAAGAACUUUGGGUGAAUUUCAUCCUGUUUGAAUGGUAUUGAGGUUUUGUACAGGCGGGGACAGCAUUUUCAAGACAUCUUAUAAAACAGGCCAGGUGUAAAUAUUCCAAGUUAGAGACUAUAAUCUGUAUCACAAGGGUUUUGUAAGGCAUUUUUAUGCAAAACACAGACCAUCAUGUGUGAUGGACAGAUUUUAAAUGUACAAAAUAUUCGGCAGUCUCUCGCAGCAAGAGUACCAAAAAUUAUAUUGCGCCGAGCUGAAGAAAUAUUCCCUGCUGUGAAAGAAAGUUUGCGGAAAAUUAACGGAAUACAUACCAGCACAGUAGAAAAUGUUGUGGAUGUUUUGAGGGAAGAUUUAGUUGGUGUUUACAUACCAUCUACAUUUUCUGUAAAAAUGGAGCGACCUGAGAACUGCGGCAAUUUAGUGGAAGUUGUACCUGAUUCAUGUAGUGAGACAUGUGAUUAUGGAAAUCAGCUUGUUGACAUAAAAGUUGAGGCACCAGAAGAGGAAGACCCCUUGCUGAUAACAUGUCCAGUAAUAGAGACUGAAAUUGAGAUUUCUGUGAAUGAACAUAAACUCCUUUAUGGUAAGAAACGUCCCUAUUCGUGCGAUAUUUGUAAUAAAGUACUCAGUGCAAAGGGUCAUCUGAAGACACAUCAACGCAUACAUAGCGGGGAGCGUCCAUUCUCCUGUGUCGUGUGUAAUAAAUCAUUCCUUCUGAAGAGUUACCUGAAAAUGCAUGAACGUGUGCACACUGGGGAGCGUCCAUAUUGUUGUGAUACGUGUAAUAAAUCCUUCAGCAAACAGAGUGAUUUGAAGAGACAUCAGCGAAUACAUAGCGGGGAGCGUCCGUAUUCUUGUAUCGUUUGUAAUAAAUCAUUCAAUCAGAGCAUUCAUCUGAAGACACAUCUGCGCAUACAUAAUGAAGAGCGGCCAUAUUCGUGCGAUGUGUGCAACAAAUCAUUCAGCACAAAGAAUUAUCUGGAAACACAUCUGUUCAUACAUGGUGCCUGCGACGACUGUAAUGUAUCAUUCGGCAAACCUCGUGACGUGAAGGGCCCUCAACGUGUACAGAGUGAUGAGUGUCCUUAUCCCUGUGAUUUGUGUCAUAAAUCCUUCAAUAAACCAAGUAAUCUGAAGAUUCAUCAGCGUGUACAUAGCGGAGAGCGCCCGUAUUCAUGUGAUGUGUGUAACAAAUCAUUUACUAAACAGAAUGAUCUGAAGAGACAUUUACGUAUACAUAGUGGUGAACGCCCCUAUUCUUGUGACGUAUGUAAUAAGUCAUUUAGUCAGAGAAGUCAUCUGAUAAGUCAUCAGCGCAUACAUAGCGGAGAGCGCCCAUAUUCCUGCUAUGUGUGUAAUAAAUCAUUCAUUAAACUAAGUGAUCUGAAGAGACAUCUACGUGUACAUUGUAGUAAGCAUUCACAUUCAUGUGAUUCGUGUAAUAAAUGAUUCUGUUCAAAGAGUCGUAUGAAGACGCAGUAAAGCGUAUAUAGCAUGGAACUUCCAUGUUCCUGUGAUGUGUCUAAUAAGUCAUUUUGCACAAAGAAUUAUCUCGAGAUGCGUCUGCGCGUAACAUUGUAGGGACAUCCCUGUUUCUGUGAUGUGUUGUAAUAAAUUAUUCACUUUGCAGAAUAGUUUGAAGUCAUCAGUACAUAUGUAGUGGUGAGUGUACUGGAAGUAAUUGUCUUAUGUCGCAGAUACUUUAAGGUAAAAGUGAGAUAUGAGGUUGGUAACUGUCUACAAGUCAACAUGGAGUUAAGAAACAUGGCACUGGCAAAGAUCAAUGGUGUGUUAAGAUUAAAGGUAUGGAAUUUCGUAAAUUUUACAGGCACAAUUCUGUUAAACUAUAAUUGCCUAUUUUUAUUCUGGUAGAUUGUUAUUUUUAUUUCUGUUGACUUCUCUUACGGUCAUAAAUCUCUUAACGUUAAGUGUGUGUGUGCUUAAGAUCCCCAGCUUUCACAUCACGUAAACCCAUUUUAUACAAAUCAUAUAUAAUGACAUGUAUUUACAUGAAUAAAAAUCACUUUUAUUGUUGUUA